CAUCCGGGCGGCGAAAUUUUUCAUGCUAGCAUCCCGGUGUAUUACACAGAGUCCGUCCCUUUAAAUUAACCUAUCCAUUUUAUUGACUGUUUUAUGUCGGCACAGGAAUUCAACGUUUAAUAGGAGAUGGGUCUGAGUUUUCGGAAAUCAUGGGAAUGGUUUCGUGGCUGAAAGCCUGGCUGCCCUCCAGACGAUAUCCUAAAGCUCAUGCUCGUCGCUUUUCAAUCAGCCAUCCAACGGUUCGACCCGACCGACGGCCUUUCUUCCGAGCGGCCGGCUUGAAUUUCGCGCAAUUGCAGAUUGUAUUCUUCGCUUUAUUUGCGUACAUAUUCGCGGCCUUAUUUCAGCAAACCGUUCAUGUCCACAACCUUCAAAUUCUUUUCGUGGAUUACGGUGGAGGAGAGAUUGGGAAUGCGGUUCGCGGAGCAUAUUCCCAGUUGCGCGGGGACGGCUUCCCAACCUUGAUCGAGCGGGAUGCCUUAGAAUUCUCAUUGCUGAAUGCAGAUAUUGAGCAACAGAUGCGAGAGGAGGUCUGCCAGCAGCGGUACUGGGGAGCAAUCUUUACAAGUCCGUCGACGGAAGCGAUUUUGAGCGCUGCGGGUAACCCGACACCGAACGACAACCAGUCCCACGCGCUUCACCUGGUUUGGAACGAGGCUCUGUAUCCACAAGUCUCCGAUGCUACCAUCUUCCAGAAUAUCCAACGGUUAUCCAGCGUGGCGGAGAACGCAUACAGAUCAACUAUAGCCGCCAGCGUGCUCGGAGUCGCCUCUUCCACCUCUCAACAGACUCUAGAGUCGGUCAUCGCCAUCCUUUCGAAUCCUUGGACGCUAAACUCUGUUAACAUCAAGCCCACGACUCAUGGUGCUCGCCUGAUUUACAACAGUCUCGUGUUCAUCUUGAUCAUGCUUCAAGAAUUCUUUUACCUCGGAACCAUUAAUGGGUUGAGCACACAGUUCCGCAUCUACCCACGAAUCCAUCCUCUUCGUAUUAUCACGAUACGGAGCAUGAUUUCGAUAUCUUACACGUUCGUUGGGAGUCUUUGCACCACUGGAAUGAUUUGGGCGUUCCGCUACGGUUGGGACGUGGGCGGCAAAGAGUUUAUCGCGACGUGGACGAUUCUAUGGCUCCUCGCACACGUCAAUUUCUGCAUUUUGGACGUGAUGACGACCAUUACUCCGCCUCCCUACCAGCCGAUGUUGCUUGUCACCUGGGUCAUGUGUAAUGCCGCCAGCCUCCUAAUACCUUUGGAACUAUCCCCAGGCUUCUAUCGCUGGGCUUACGCGCUUCCGGCAUACGAAACAUACCAAAUAUUGGGCGAUAUCUGGUCUGGUGGAUGUAAUCCGAAGCUCCACCGUGCUUUGCCGAUAUUAUUCUCGUGGGAGGUCAUGGGCUUCAUUGCAAGUGGGAUUGGAGUCUAUCGGCGGUGCCACCACUCCCUCGUGGCAGAAGAGUUGCAGGAAGAAGCAUUCCAGAAGAAGUUGAACGCUGCUGUACGGGAGGCACGAAAAGCAGAAGAUGACAGCGAAGAGACAGAAAAGUUUCGGAAUGAUACUUCGGCUAUGGAGGCUCCAACUUUCUCCACGACGGGCACACCCAUGCCUCCUACUCCGCAUGUGGCUGAACCCUCUAUUAGGAGAGUGGCUACCGCUCCCGAAAGUUUAUCAAUCAGGAGGCCACGUUGGAGUAGCGUCAGUUAUGGACCCUGUUUUCCGUUAGCCUUUGGAUCCGGGGAGCAAUCUUUAGAGUCCGGAGAGGCGGUGGUAGAUGAAUGAAAGAAGCUCAAGGAUUUCGAGGAGACCCUGACGGCCAAUUCACCUGUCCACUGUCAGCAUCUAACAUUUCGACACGCGGUGACCGUCGAGUGCCGUUUUAGAGGGAACUAUUAGACACACUCUAUACACUAUUGUUUAGAUUAUGGUAGGGCUACCCCAAGAAGGGGUGGUAAUAGAUCACAAGUCUCCAGGGCAAGAACC